CCCUCCACUUUUCAUCCCACAUAAUACAACAAGUAUUUCCAGUUGUUUGAAGUACCACACUCUUACCUGUUCCCACAACAUUCUGUUGCCACCAUGACUGACUGACCUUUACCUUCUCAAUUGAGCAGCAACACUCUACCCUCUUCCUCUUUUCCCUUCUCCUGAAUUGGGUUGGAUUCGUUUUCAAGAAAUUCUUCCGUUUUUGCUUGGUGGGGUUCCCAGAAAUUGAAGAUUUUUUUGGCGGAAAAAUUUGAUGAAAAAUGGCAAACAGUGCGAAAAACAAUGGAGUUGAAGUAGUAGUAGAAGAAGAAGCAAGCCAAAUAACAGAACAGCUUGAAAAAACCCUAAAACAAGGAGAAAGAUUAGUGGGUCCUACUCGUAGACCUGAUGGUACUCUUCGCAAACCCAUCCGAAUUAGGGCUGGUUAUACUCCCCAGGAAGAAGUUGCCAUUUAUCAAUCUAAAGGAACUUUGUGGAAGAAGGAGAUGGACUCAGAAGUUGGACCACCUGGAUUCGAUCCCCAAAUGGAAGCAAAACCCAAAAGCAAGUCUGUCAAGAGAAACGAGAGAAAGAAAGAAAAGAGACAACAGGCUGCCGUUGAUAGAGCUAAGAACUCAGAAUAUUCAGCUGAUGAGGAUAUGGAGGAGACAGAUGUUCAAGAUCCAAAUUUAAAGCAAUCUCUGGAGUCUGCUACUUCUCAGAUUAGCCAGCUAGCUCUUUCUAACAGUGCUACUGGUAAAUCUUCACUGAAUUCUACAGUGGGAUCAGAUACGGCCAAUGCAGGUGUAGAUAUUGACAAAAAGAUCCGAGCUUUAAAAAAGAAGAUUCGGCUUGCAGAAGCUCAACUGCAGAAGGCUAGCCCUGAAGAUAUGAAACCUGAACAGCUCGAAAAGGCCAACAAGUUGGAUGGUUGGCGUGAGGAGCUGAAACAUCUGGAGGGUGAACAUUCGUCAGUAUUAUCAAAAUCGUGACCCUCUUCAUUCCUUCUAAUCGCUAUUUAUCCAAGCUUGUCUUGAAUCUUGAUUGAGUAAGGUCACAAGUUAAUCCUUCAUUAGAUGCUCUUGAGAGAGGGAUCACACCUCAACUCAACUCAACUCAACUCAACAGUUCAGGCUUUGAUUGGUCUAGGGAGUUCUCUGCCAUGGUCUAGUUGAUGUUUAGCUGUGUGUAACUUGUGGUAUUGUGGUAUUGUGGUAUUGUUGAUCAAUGUUUGUUGUAACGUAUGUUUCGCAUUUGCCGGUAUGAAAUUGAGUCAUAUAACAAGUGCAAAGUCCUUAAUUAGAUUUUUUUAUUUUUUUUAAAAGAAAGUCGUUUGAUAGAGCAGGAACUAGAAGCCUUUUCGAGUUCUUUGAAAUUGAGUCAUACUCCCUUACUCUCAAUGUUUUGACUGUAUACGCUUGUUAAUGCAUAAUUUUGACUAUUAAUA